AUGGGGUGCUCCAGCUCCGCACCGGUAGUUCCUAAAGCUUCCAGAGCUGCCUGGCAGAGCUUCUUCCGACUGGAUGGCCUGCCAGUGUCGUUGAUUCUUCGCAUCGUCGGCCUGGACUGCGCUGAAGAGCUGCCGUUGUUGGAGCAUGCGACAGCCACACUAAUCAAGAUCGGCGCCCACGUGGAUCAGAGCUUUGAGCUGGCACCAGUUUACCACAGCCCCCUUCGCAGGUACCUUAUGCCGAAGCGGGAGGUGAAUGAAGUCACAGUGAGCUCGAGCUCUGCAGAUGAGGUCCGCAAAGCGGUGCCAACAGCAGGGGCGGCAUUACAUGAUGUCACCGAGAUCAUUAAACUGUCGGUGGAUUGUCCUGCGAAUGGAGGUGAGCGUGGGGCGGUGGUCACCAUGAUGCGCACUUUGAAGUACAAGCUCAUUGCGGCGCUCUUGAAGACGGAUGCCAAUACGAUCUCAGAUGUCUACUUCAUGACGCCUGAUCUCGAGGCCAAUGGCCACGCACUGACUGUAGAUCUUCUUGAAGCCGAGUUUCGGCUGGCAGUCUUCGACCAGUUGCAGCAGAACACGUCGACGCUCUCCAGAGUCUCCACGAUACCGCCCCACAAGACUUUGACCGAGCAUGAGGAUUCUGCGAAUUUCGUAUCCUGGCUGGAUAUUUCGGAGCGCACUUGGACGAUUGAUCGCGUCUUCCUGAACGGCAUUCUCCCAGCUGGGCAUCGAUACGGGGCACAGGCCAUUGCGGAGCACCUCUUGGCACCUCCCCUUCUCUUCUUCCAGUCGAAGACGCAGCCCUGGGAACAGUUGAAAGAUGCUGGGGCCAAAGGUAAGUUUGUGCAGUUCCACUGGCGUUCCGGGAGCGUGGAGCAAGAUCUUCGCCACGCUGUAGUCACGGAUACACGUCCGAGUUCAGAGGCCUUCCUGAACUCCAUGCCCGACUUGGAGAAGCUGGUGGUGGCGGAUAUUGUGAAUUGGAACACCUAUCUCCUGAUGGCCGUGUGCGGUCGAACCGAAGCGGAAGCGCGGCAGAAGCUGGGUGACGUCUUAGACUUCGCCCUGAACACCGAGCUGAAAGCCGCGAACUUGAAGAAGGAGACGCUGCUGAAAGGCAGCACCUUGGAAGUUUUUCAAUGCACGAUCUUGGGGAAGAUGGUCUCUUGGGCCUUGAAGCUUUGGAACGAGAAGCUUCAGAGAUCUGUGAAGAUGCAGAGUGCAGAGGUGGUGUACGGAGAGGGUGACGAGAUCAUCUUCGGUGAGAGAAGGCCUCGAAUGGCUGUGGUGGUUCAACUGGCUGAGGAGCAAGCCGAGUUGAGAGCGAAAAGGUUCGGUGCGGUGAAGGAAGUCGUGGCGAGCGAAGGCGAUUCGCCGAUGCACGGCAUGGCCAAGUUCCUGGAAGGUGCAUGGGGGACCCACGCACGAGUCCAGUUUCCUGGCGCCAACAACGCACAGCAAUACUUUGCAGGGCUUUCGAGGGCCAUGACAUGCUUUAUGCACGAGUUGCAACUGGAGCGUGGCCUUUCAUGCUAUGCCGUAGCUGCAGACCCCACAGUUAUGGCGACUGCCGUGGAGCGCUUGCAGAGCCAGCGCACCAGCGGCGACAAGGCUGUACAGCAACUCUCCGAGAUCUUGCGCCUGGUGCCAGCCCUCGAGGAGAAAGGCUACAUAGAAAGCAAGCACAAGGACCUGUUCGCCGUGCAAGAGGUCUCUGUUGGCGUGGUGUUGCAGCGAGGCCGCGUGAAUGAUGCGAUGCGACACGUGACGCCCAGCUGGAUCAGCCGAUACGAGACCGUCUGCAUGGGGGACACGGGAUACCAUGCACUCAUCGAUCGCAUCAUGAAAACCAUCGUGCAAGCCCUCGGCUUCGCGGCAGAAGCCCUGGAAUCUCCAGAGGCCAUUCAAGUGAUUGCUAAUUGGGGUUUCGACAUCGAUUGGCCUGAGGCCAAACAAGUCCCAGACCGGUGCGCCUUCCUUCUGCGCUGCAAAGAAGGCAUUGGUCGAGAGCGAUGUCUGAUAGCAGCAAAAAGUCGUUCGCAACUGGACGACGAGAGCAGCGCCAGGCAGCUCUUCAAGGAAAUGAUAGAAGGCGCAGAAGAAGCCUUGAAGUGGGUUCUUGAGGAUAAAGUCCUUGGACCUGCGCCAGAAAGCCAGGCUUUAUCAACUGCCUUUGCAGAGGCACGCUUGCUCUACGCGAGUGAUGCGCAGGUACCUGCAGACCGGGCAGUGGAAUUGUUUGAAAAGUUUACACAAUGGAUUCAGUUUGCGUAUGGCCACAUCCAAAGCGAGAUUGAGGCUUUAAUUAAGGACAUACCAGGGGAAAGCACAGCUCUGGUCGGUCCUGACAUGCACUUUGGCGUUUAA